AUGGUUAUUGCUUCUCGAGAUCUGAGUGAGACUGGGUUUAUCUACGCCUUGAUGUCUGCUAGCGCGAUGGUGGGCGUAGUGGACGCCUGUUCUGAUGGGUGAUAUCUACAUGUGUGGGGUGUAGGGGAGAUGAAUGAUGUGCCGGAUCCGCAGCCAGACUGGACUUGGGGCGGCUGUUCUGAUGCAGUCGACAAUGUUGUUAUAGACAAAACAAAGAGGUUUGUAGACAGCCCGCACCAAGCCAACUCCAUGCCAGACAGAAUAAAGCGGCACAACAACCGGGCAGGCACCCUGGCUGUGCGAGAUAACAUGGAGACGAUAUGUAAGUGUCAGGGACUCUCCGGUUCGUGUACCGUAAAAACCUGUUACCAGAGGAUACCGACCAUGACAACCAUAGGUGCUAACUUGGUAACCAAGUACAAGUACGCCACUAGAGUGCUGGACACUAGACGUGAUGACACGUGGGUACUGUACGAUCUACACGGAAUACAGCCGCGCCAGAGUGAGCUUAUUUACAUGGAGUCCACCAACCCGGAUCAGUUUUGUUUACCGAAUGAAGCAGUCGGCAGUUAUCGGCACUCAGGACGCAUUUGCAGCGUCACAUCCCUGGAGUCAGACGCGUGCAACAAUUUGUGUUGCGACCGCUCUUACCUAGACUCCCAGAAAGACGUGAACUAUGACUGUAAAUGCAAAUUCGUAUACGACAGUCUAGCAAUGAGGUGUGAGCGGUGUCGGAAGACUGUUGUAGAAACAAGAUGUACGUAAAAUUAGUCUCAGCUCGUUCCAGCGAGCUUAUCACUUCUGUUUCUUAUUGUUGGAGUUACUUGUUACUAGUUAUUUGCGCCUCUGUGUGCCCUAGCGGCCUCUAAGCAUUGCUCUCAUGAAGUUCAAUCCGCAGUGCAUUCUCAGCCUCAAGUUCCAGAACUUUUGAACCUGUUUAUGUGGUUCGAUUGAAAAACGAACAAAGAAUUAAAGACUCAGAAUUAUAUUAACCGAUGUUUUUAUAUAUUUUACUAAAUUGUGUGCUAUAACUGAUGGACAAAGAGGGGAUUGGGUUAAACCUCAGUUCAGCUAGUCGUGCUGUGAGACAACAUUUUUAUCUCACCCGCCCUACUUGCUCUGGCUCUUGCUGUUUUCUGCAAAGCUAAUCCUGGGCCCAAGAGGGACCCGAUCAAGUUGACUAAUGUGGCAAAGUGCCAAUGCCCCAUAAAUUGAGCAGACACUUUUUAUGUUUUCAGUUGUUAAACCGGGAAAGCUUGUCACAUUUGUUUCUUCAAUGCAUUGAAUCCUCAAGUGUGCUCUGUGUUAGCAUGCAUUUUGCAGCACUUCUAGAUUUUAUGGGAUUUUUAACGGACGUUACAGAAUAUAGAAGGUGUGAUGGCCGAGGAUCCAACAGUUUUAGAAAAGUGUCUCAGUAAAACCC